CCGCAUCGUCACCGGCUGCGUUGUCGCUAUCUCUCCCCCUCCCUGUACCAUUGUUUUCGAGAAACUACAAAGUCACCAAUCGCAAUCAUGCCCCCGAAAGGAGUCUCUACCCGUCUCAACCCGGUCCGUCUGCAGUCCAUCCCUCACCUGCGCGUCCGGCGUCCGAACACCAAUGAGCCGAAUACCUGCGUUGCGGUGAUGUCGUCUAUGCUGAGCUGCUGGGCUUCCCAGGGCUACACCCACGAGGGAUGCGCGAUUCUCGAACAACAAUUGAGAUCUUGCAUGGAUGCUCCUAAACCCAAGACCCAGAGACGCAACCCCAUCAACUACCACCUCAUGAGAAUGUUCCCCAAGGUCGUCGGUCCCAAGAAGAAGGAUGGUGUGUUGGGUUAAGUACCAGGCCAAUAUACACUACAUUGUUUGCGUGUGAUUCAAUACCUUUUCGAGCGGUUGCAUACGGGCAUAUGAUCUACCUACUUACACACUGCCGGAUGUGAUGAUUGGGUGGUGUGGUGGUAUGGAGGAAGUGAGGGCUUCCCCGUGGGGGAAAGGGGAGAGAGAAAAUAUUUUUUUAUAUGGAGUUUUGGGUUUGUAAUAGCUACUACCUACCGCAUCAGUUUUGAUUCUGUGUUGAGGGUAGGUGGGCGGGUUCUUUUUGUAUAUUAUUAUGUGGAUGUUGUAUGCUAUCAAUUAUUUCCGAAG